GAAAAGAUACAGCUUUUUCAGGGAGAGCAAAAGAAGCUGUGAAAUCUUUAAAGCUAUUUGGCUGCUUGGUUCGGGCGUUCUGGACUAUAUAGGACGGCGCUACCAGGAUCCUGGGCAUUCAUGAGGCUCUUGUGAACCGAAUUGUGAAGCAGCAGUAAUGGAGAUGGGAUGCGUGCAUAAAAAGAAAAGAAGGCAAGUUCUCGUUUUCUUUACUUUACUGAGCAUGUCUGUGGCUAGCGCCCAUUUGGGGCCCUACUCGGUAGUGGAAGAAAUGGAGAGAGGCUCCUUAGUGGCAAAUCUAGGAAAAGAUCUGAGGCUGGAAGUGGGAGAGAUGUCCAUCCGCGGGAUCCGAAUCAUUUCCCAGGGGAACAAAGAGCAUUUGCAGCUCAAGGUUCAAACUGGGGAUUUGCUCAUAAAUGAGAAACUAGAUCGAGAGGAACUGUGCGGUCCUACUGAACCUUGCGUACUACAUUUCCAAGUGUUGCUAGAAAAACCCUUAGAGAUAUUUCAGGCUGAACUGAGAGUGAGAGACAUAAAUGACCAUUCUCCCGUGUUCAGUGAAAACAAAAUGGUUCUAAAGGUAAUGGAAAACAGUCCUCUGGGAAGUGCGUUCCCUUUGAGUAACGCUGUGGAUUUGGACAUAGGGAGUAAUACGGUUCAGGAUUAUAAAAUCAGCCCCAAUUCCUAUUUCCGCGUGGGAACUCGGGAGCUAAGUGAUGGUAGAAAAUACCCUGAGCUGCUGUUAGAAAAAGAGCUGGAUCGGGAAGAGGAGCCUGAACUAAGAUUAACCCUGACAGCUCUGGAUGGUGGCUCUCCGCCCAGGUCUGGAACCACCCAGGUUCACGUUGAAGUGCUGGAUACCAACGAUAACGCCCCUGAGUUUCAGCAACCAAUCUACAAGGCGCAGAUUCCUGAAGACAGCCCAGCAGGUUCUCUGAUAAUCACUGUCUACGCCCACGAUUUAGACAGCGGAGUCAAUGGAAAAGUAUCCUACACAUUGUUUCAGCCUUCAGACCAUAUUAACAAAACCUUGGAGAUAGAUCGUGUGACAGGGGAAAUUCGGCUGAGAAAACAAGUUGAUUAUGAAACAAUCUCGUCAUAUGAGGUAGAUAUUAAGGCCAUAGAUGAAGGAGGUCUUUCAGGAAAGUGCACUCUUCUCCUGAACGUGGUGGACGUGAAUGAUAAUCCCCCAAAAGUGACCAUGUCGGCAUUAACCAGGCCUAUCCCAGAGAACUCGCCAGAGAUGGUAGUUGCUGUUUUCAGUGUUUCAGAUCCAGAUUCCGGGAAUAAUGGGAAGACAAUUGCUUCCAUUGAGGACGACCUUCCUUUUUUUCUAAAACAUUCAGGGAACAGCUUUUACACACUGAUAACACAGGGAGCACUAGACAGAGAAGAAAGAGCCGACUACAACAUCACCAUCACCGUCACGGACUUGGGGUCACCCAGUCUCAAAACCCAGCACACCAUAACCCUGCAGGUCUCCGACAUCAACGACAAUGCCCCCACCUUCACCCAAUCCUCCUACACCCUCUUCAAAACGAUGGAGGCCAGAGGAUUACAUUUUCUCAGACAAAGGCAAGUCCUAAUUCUGUUUUUCUUUUGGGGUGUGUCCUGGGCAGAUGCUGGGUUUGGACAUUAUGUAGUGACAGAGGAGACAGAAAGAGGAUCUUUUGUGGUCAGUCUACCAAAGGAUCUGGGGCUAGGGGUGGAGGAGCUGGCUGUGAGGAGAACAAGGGUGGUUUUUGAUGAUAACAAACAAUACUUGCUCCUGGAUUUUCAUACUGGAGAUUUGUUCACAAAUGAGAAGCUGGACCGGGAGAAGCUGUGUGGCCCCACAGAGCCUUGUAUGCUUUAUUUCAAAAUUUUAAUGGAUAAUCCCUUUCAGAUUUUCCAAGCUGAACUCAGAGUUACAGAUAUAAAUGAUCACUCACCAGCAUUUCAGGACAAAGAGAUGGUUUUAAAAAUACUAGAAAAUACAGCCCAAGGGACAGCAUUUCGACUAGCAAGAGCUCAGGAUCCAGAUGGAGGGCUUAAUGGCAUCCAAAACUAUACCAUCAACUUUAACGUGUUCUUCCAUAUUAAAAUUAAUGAAGAUGAAGGCAUGGUAUAUCCAGAGCUAGUUUUGGACAAAGCUCUGGAUUGGGAGGAGCAGCAAGAGCUCAGUUUAACACUUACAGCAAUAGAUGGAGGGUCUCCAUCCAGGACUGGGACUGCCACUAUACGGAUAGUGGUCUUAGACAUCAACGAUAAUGCCCCACAGUUUUCAGAGGAGCUUUAUGAAACCCAGGUUCCAGAAAACAGCCCAGUAGGGUGCCUCAUUGUUAAAGUCUCUGCAGAUGACAUAGACUCAGGAGUCAAUGGGGAAGUUUCCUAUUCAUUUUUUGAUGCUUCGGAAGAUAUUCGAACAAGCUUUGAAAUCAAUCCUUUUUCUGGGGAAAUCAUUCUCAGAGGAUUACUAGAUUAUGAGUUAGUAAAGUCUUACAAGAUAAAUGUGCAGGCAGUUGAUAGUGGGGGUUUGUCUGCAAGCUGUACAGUUUUGGUUCAGAUAUUAGAUACCAAUGACAAUCCCCCUGAACUGAUCAUAUCAUCACUUUCCAACUACGUUGCGGAGAACUCUCCGGCAACUGAACUGGCAGUUUUUAGAAUUAGAGACAGAGACUCUGGAGAAAAUGGAAAGAUGGCUUGCUACAUUGAAAGAGAUUUGCCUUUCAAUCUGAAGCCUUCUGUGGAAAAUUUUUACGUCCUCAUGACAGAAGGAGAAUUAGACAGAGAAAGCAGAGCUCAAUACAACCUAACUAUCACCGUCAGUGAUAUGGGGACACCCAGGCUCAAGACCCACUACAACAUAACAGUGCAGGUCUCCGACGUCAACGACAACGCCCCCACCUUCACCCAAUCCUCCUACACCCUCUUCGUCCCAGAAAACAACAGCCCCGCCCUGCUCAUAGGCACCAUCAGCCACCUGGUGGACGUCAGCGGCACGGGGACGCUGUCGCACUCCUACCAGUAUGAGGUGUGUCUCUCUGGAGGUUCUGGGACCAAUGAUUUCAAGUUCUUGAAACCAAUUUAUCCUGAUUUUCGCACACAGCGUCCUGGAAGUAGUAGUGAAGAAAAUCCCACCUUCUGAAAUAGAUUUAGAAUGUACCACUAUAGCACCCUGAAAGUGCCCCAUCUCAUGUGAAAUAGCUUUGGUUUUCAUUUUCAGUAAAAAUCUCGUUGUAUUUUCAUGUUUUUUUUUUAGUAAUAGACUAACAUAUCCCUUAGUAUAGUUCUGUACUAGUUGUUAGGCAAUACUAAUUGUCUAUUUUAAAUGUUAUUCCAUUGUUUUGCAGUAGAAGCUAGUUUUAAUUAAGUUGCCAAUCAUUUAGAAUAAUGAGUUUAAGAUUUUAAUCCUUUUCCAAUGCACAAAGGUGUAUUGGUUCUAAUCUGAAAGAACUGGGCAAUUCAUUUUUCUUCUGUUUGUUGGUGCUGGAGAUUGAAUCCAUGCUAUAGGAAAUACUAUAGGAAUACAUUCACUGUUUUGAGCUACAACCCAGUCCCUAUUCUGGUCUGUUUUUAAUGAUCAUAACUACUCAUCUUUUGUAUUUCCCUCACGUGAGAAGUCAAAUCUGUACUUUAAAUUUUAUUCUGAAGUUUUACUUACUCACGUUAAAAAUCAUGCAAUCUACUUCUAAAUCACUGUUUUAGAGGAAAUAAUUUUCUGUUGCUCUGCUCAUUGUAAAGUGAAACAAAGCAUUUUGUGAUUGAUAUUGGACAUCUUUGUGCUGCUUCCUUUAAAUGCAUUACCGCUGGUCAUAUGAUGUCUGCUUUUGCUCAUAUAUAGAACAGACCAUACAAUAUAAUUCCAAUCAAAUGUAAUUACCUACAUACAAAUGAAUACAUAUUUUAAGCAUUUUGAAAAAUUGUGUGUGAGAAUAUUAGAUUUAUAG